AUGCCCAGAAGCCCGGGGGGGCUCCGGCAGUCCAGCCGCGCCCAGUCCCCCCGGCCGCCGGGCUCCCCUGGGCAGAGCCGCCGCCCUGAUUGGCGAGAGGCGCCCCCGCCUCCUCCCGCGGGCCGGAGCGACGCCAGGCGGGGAAGCCGAGACGGGACUCGUGCGCCGACCCGCCCGGCGCCCCAAAUCUCCGACCGCCGGGCCGCCCGGGGGAGCCGCUCCCGCACAGCCGGGCUCAGCACCGGGCGCUCCCCCGCUCCGGACGCCGGUCUCCCCGCGGCGAUGCUCGGUGGGCAGCGGGGAGCCGGAGGUGGGCGCGCACCCGGCCGGCCCGGGGCUCCUCCGCCACCUCCCCCGGAGAGGCGCGGCGGGGAGGACGAUGCCCGGGCUGCGCGGCUUCUCCCGCCCGCCGCCACCUGGUGCCCGUCGGGGGGAGAGGCGCCCCCGGGUCCCCUGCAGGGCGAGGACCGCGCGGCCUCCGGGCAGGCGGGGGUGACUGGACGGCCGGAUCAGCAUCCGCUGCCGCUCGCCCGGCGCGCCGCCCUGAGCCGCGCCGGGCCCCUACCGCCCGCCUGGAGCCCGCCGGGAGCCGCCUGCGGGGCAAGCCCUUCUACGGGCGCGAGGGGGCGCUGGGCCGGCGGGCGCUGGGCCUGGAGAGGGGCCGGGCUGUGCGCCGAGGCGCUGUGGCCCACCUCCGGGCCGGGCCUGCGGGUGGGGCUGGCCAAGGCCGCCCCAGGGGCUCAGUUAAGGGAGGGGGGCGGGCGCCCUCUCCUGCGACAGGCCGGGGUCCAGCCAGGGUCUGAAAGGCCCGAAGAAGCUGCGCCAGGCUUCCUGCAGCAAGGCUCCCUGAUUGUGGACCGCGCCCAGAUUUCCCGGAGGUACUGCUGCUCCUUGGCCUUCCUGUGGGACUCCCUCUCCGUGCUGCCCACUGACCUCCUCUACCUGUAUGUGGGGCUGGGCAGCCCGGCGGUCCGAGCCAACCGCUUCCUGCGGAGCCCCCGCUUGUUUGAGGCCUUUGACCGCAUCGAGACCCGCACGGCGCACCCCAACUCCUUCCGCAUCUCCAAGCUGAUGCUCUACAUCUUUGUCACCAUCCACUGGAACAGCUGCGUCUACUUUGCGCUCUCCAACUUCAUCGGCUUUGGCACGGAUGAGUGGGUCUACCCCAACAGCAGCCUGCCCGGCUUCGACCGGCUCCUUCGCCAGUACCUCUACAGCUUCUACUUCUCCACCCUCAUCCUGACCACAGUGGGCGACACCCCCAUGCCCCAGCGGGAGGAGGAGUUCCUCUUCAUGGCCAUCGACUUCCUCCUGGCCGUCAUGGGCUUUGCCACCAUCAUGGGGAGCAUGACAUCUGUCAUCUCCAACAUGAACCACGCCGACAAGGCCUUCUACCCCAACUACGACCUGGUGAAGGACUACCUGCACUCUCAGCGGAUCAGCCAGCACCUGCAGCACCGUGUGGUUGACUUGCAGCAGCACCUGCAGAUGAACAAGAAGAUGACCAACGAGGUGCAGAUCCUCCAGCACCUGCCCGAGCGCCUGCGAGCCGAGGUGGCCAUCAGUGUCCACCUGCCCACCCUCCGCAAGGUCCAGAUCUUCCAGAACUGCGAGCAGAGCCUGCUGGAGGAGCUGGUGCUCAAGCUGAAGCCGCAGGUCUACAGCCCCGGGGAGUACGUGUGCCGGAAGGGGGACAUCGGCCGGGAGAUGUACUUCAUCCGCGAAGGGCAGCUGGCCGUGGUGGCGGAUGACGGUGUGACCCAGUAUGCGGUGCUGGGGGAGGGGCUGUACUUUGGAGAGAUCAGCAUCAUCAGCAUCAAAGGGAACCAGUCUGGCAACCGCCGUACGGCAAAUAUCAAAAGCAUCGGCUACUCAGACCUCUUCUGCCUCUCCAAGGAGGACCUCAAGGAGGUGCUGGCCGAGUUCCCCAGCGCCAAGGCGUUGAUGGAGGCCAAGGGCCGGGAGAUCCUGCUCAAGAUGAACAAGCUGGACGUCAACGCCGAGGCGGCCGAGGUCGCCCAGCAGGAGGAGGAGGAGCGGCGGAUGGCAGCCCUGGAGGACGGGCUGGACGCCCUGCAGACGAAGCUGGCCCGCGUCCUGGCCGGGCUGGAGUCCAGCGCCUUCAAGAUAGCCCUGCGCCUCGAGCACCUGGAGUGGCAGAGCGAGGGGGAGGCCGGAGGUCCAGAGAGCCCCCUGCAUGCCUGCACCUGGCAGCGGCUGCCAUAA